UUCUCCUAUAAAUACCCAUCCAUUGUAAGUUCCUAGCAUACCAUAAGCAACAUCAACCAUGGCCAUACACAAAUCUCUCUCCCUUGCUUUUCUCCUCUUUUUCCUACACUUUCUUUCUUUCCAUGCAACAUCAUUUGCAACAGCAACACCAUCAUCCGCACUCUCUGAAGUAGAGGCUCUCAUGAAAUGGAAAGUCAGCCUCUCUGCUGCACAAGCUCUCCAUUCGUGGUCGCUUCCUUCUGCUAAUUCUACCACCAACACGAUCUCUCCAUGCAACUGGACUGGGAUCUCAUGCAACAGCCUUGGAAGCGUAACAGAGAUACGCUUACCGAGUGUGGGCUUGCAAGGUAAGCUCGAUAACCUGAGUUUCCCGUCAUUUCCAAACCUCCUCAAUCUUGAUCUCAGCAACAACACAGUCAUCGGAACCAUUCCAGUCCAUCUUGACCCUCUUUACAAACUCACGUACCUGAAUCUGUCUUCAAAUGAAAUAAGUGGAUCAAUACCUCUGGAAAUAGGGAAUCUUGUGAACUUGACUGAGCUGGACUUGUCCACUAACCAUCUAGAUGGUUCCAUCCCUUCCACUAUAGGAAAUCUGACAAAGCUUUCCAUCUUGUACCUGCACCAAAAUCGAAUCUAUGGCUCCAUUCCUUCACAAAUCAGUAAUCUACAAGAUCUAGUUCAGUUGUUAUUGUCCCAAAACAAUCUGACUGGUCCCAUCCCUCCUGCUUUAGGUAAUUUGAGAAACCUUACCGUUUUGGAUCUCCACCUCAACCAAGUUUCUGGUUCAAUUCCACCAGAAAUAGGGAAUCUUGUUAAUCUCAAGAAGCUUUUCAUCUCCAGAAACCUUCUAACUGGUUCUAUCCCUUCCACUUUUGGAAACUUGACCAAGCUUACAUUUUUGUCCCUUUUUUACUGUCAAUUAUCUGGUUCCUUGCCUAAGGAAAUGACAAACAUGACAAAUCUUUCUCAACUCUACUUGGAUGGCAACAACUUUUCUGGCUACUUACCUCAGUUAUGCCACGGUGGAUCUCUUGAAAAAAUCUGUGUGCCAAACAACCAUUUCACUGGUGAGAUCCCAAGAAGCUUCACAAACUGCACUAGCUUAACAAGAGUGCGACUCAAUGGAAACCGACUCAUUGCAAAUGUAUCAGAAGCCUUUGGUGUAUACCCACAUCUCAGAUACAUGGACGUCAGCAACAACAUGUUGUUUGGUGAACUCUCACCAAACUGGGGAGAAUGCCAAAACUUGACAAAGCUACAAUUCUCCGGGAACAUGAUCACCGGUAGAAUUCCUCCAGAGAUUGGGCAGUUGAUGCGGCUAGAAGUGCUUGGUCUUUCUUCGAACCAUCUAGUAGGAGAGAUUCCAAAAGAAUUUGGGAGGCUCACUUUUUUGUACAACUUGACUUUAAAUGAUAACCAGCUUUCUGGUCAGUUACCACAAGAGAUUGGAAAACUAUCCAAUUUGGAGAUUUUGGAUCUGUCAAUGAAUCACCUAAGUGGUCCAAUACCACCUCAAUUAGGGGAUUGCUCCAAACUCCGUUAUCUGAAAUUGAGUGAAAAUGUUUUGAAUGGAAGCAUUCCUUUUCAGAUUGGUAACCUAGUAUACCUACAGGGCUUACUAGAUCUAAGUCAUAACUCCCUCAAUGGAAAGAUACCUCCACAACUCGCGAAAUUGGUUAGUCUGGAAAAUUUAAACCUCUCUCACAACAUGCUGUCAGGUUCCAUUCCGCCUUCUUUUGAAGGGAUGGUCAGCUUACAAUCCAUUGAUUUUUCAUACAAUGCUUUGGAAGGUCCUCUUCCUAGUAGCAAAUGCUUUCAGAAGGCUCCGGCAGAGGCAUUCAUAAAAAACAAAGGCUUAUGUGGUAAAGUGCAAGGUCUGCGACCUUGCAACGCCUCUUCAAUAAGUCAUGGUGAUGCAAGGAAAGGCCACAAAGUUGUGAUCCUCGUUAUUCUUCUCUUCUCAGUACUGUUUCUUUUAUUUGCAAUCGUUGGCAUAAUUUCUUCCAUUUAUUAUCAAAGAAGAAGAAGAAGAAUAGAGAAAGUGCUUCUUGAAAGGAGUGGAGGAAAUACAUUUUCAACAUGGAAUUAUGAUGGGAUUGUCACAUUUGAAGACAUUGUGGAGGCGACAGAGGGUUUUGAUGAAAAAUAUUGCAUUGGAACUGGAGGUUAUGGGAAAGUUUACAAAGCAAAUCUACCAGCAGGCCAGGUAGUAGCUGUGAAGAAACUUCACCCACUCGAAGGUGGGAAUCAAUCCGAUCAAAGAAGUUUUAGGACUGAGAUAAAAGCAUUAACAGAAAUCCGCCAUCGCAACAUUGUAAAGCUAUACGGCUUCUGUUCCCAUGCUCGAUUCUCAUUACUAGUUUACGAGUACUUGGAAAGGGGAAGCUUGGCAAGCAUCCUAAGCAAUGAUGAAGGAGCUACACAGUUGGACUGGACUGCAAGGGUGAAGGUUAUCAAAGGUGUGGCCCAUGCUUUAUCUUACAUGCACCAUGAUUGUACUAUGCCGAUUGUCCAUCGAGACCUGUCAAGCAACAAUGUUCUGUUGAAUUCAGAACUUGAGGCUAGUGUCUCUGACUUUGGAACUGCACGGUUGCUAAUACCUGAUUCCUCAAAUUGGACUACACUUGCAGGCACUUGCGGAUACAUAGCUCCAGAGCUUGCAUAUACAAUGAGGGUGACUGAGAAAUGCGACGUCUAUAGCUUUGGUGUUGUGGCACUUGAAGUGAUGAUUGGAAGGCAUCCUGGGCAGCUCAUCUCCUCCCUGUCAUCACUAAAUAGAGAUGAUACCCUGCUAAAGGAUAUGUUGGACCAACGUCUCUCCGGUCCGACAGCGGAGGUUGCACGGGAAGUCAUCUUUGCAGUGUCCAUGGCCCUUGCAUGCAUUCGGCCGGAUCCUGACUCUCGGCCAACCAUGCACCACGUGGCUCAGGAGCUAUCUGUUGGUGGGUCUUCUUUCUCUCUAGAGCCAUUUCAUGCGCUUACAUUUCGUCAACUGAUGGAUCUCAAGGUAUAAUUGGGUGUAUGAAAAUCAAUGAGGUUGUGGGCGUGUAGUGGCAAGAACAUUAUUGCUGUGUGUGUCUAUUGUAUGAGAAUAAUCAAUCACGGAGGUGUUUUUCUCAUUAUGAUGU